AUGAUAAAAGCAUCACCCCAAGAACUGUCAUCAGACGACCUAUGGGAACUGUUGCACGACCACAAAGUGGAAGGCCUGAAGGACGAUCAGUCAUAUUGGCCCCUCUCCACACUCCAGAGAUGCCUGACGCCGGAGGUCGUUUCGAGAAGCCUGAUUAUACCCGAAGGCCCUAACAAAGUUCUUGGAGACGGAAAGACUCAGACGCCUUUGACAGAUGGCAAUGGCGUUUCUGCCCUCAUGUAUUUCGGCGCAGGAAGCAGAGGUGCACCUCACAGCAGACUGGGGACCAAACACAUACUUCCCUGGAUUUCUCAUGGGCCAGUCAGCGAAUGGCUUGCGGAUGACGACACUCGUGGUGGUGCAUUCGGCGACCUGGACUUGAAAGCAGAAUUUGUUGCAGUGAAGAAGCUCAGGGGAGGUUGUGAAGACAAAUUUCGUCACGCGCAACGCGAGGCUGAUCAGCUACGCGUCUUUGACGGCCGACUCCAUUCGCACCUGGUCACCCUACUUGCCACCUACGAGAUGGAUGGCGAAUACUUCUUUCUUUUUCCAUACGCGGAACAUAACUUGGAAUGUCUGUGGGACAAGGAAGUACAGCCCAAAGAUAUGCAAGACCCAACGACUGUGCGGUGGCUUUCUCGCCAGAUAUGUGGACUUGUUGGAGCAAUGGCUCAGAUACACGAGCCACGCAAGAUUGCGCCUGGAAAGUAUGGCCGUCACGGCGAUAUCAAACCCGACAACAUCUUAUGUUAUCGCACCCAUACGAGCUAUGGGUGGCAUCUUGUUAUUUCCGAUUUAGGUGUCUCCGCGCUGAACUCGGAAGACUCUCGGUCUAAUGUGCCGGGGGAAGUUGUUCCAGAGAUUCCCGGUUAUCGUCCACCAGAAUGCGACAUUCGAGGCGGCUCCAUAAACAGGCUUUUCGACGUCUGGACAAUGGGAUGCCUCAUUUUCGAGAUGCUGGCGCAAGUAGUAGGUGGGAUGACGCUCCGAGAUGAAUUCGAUCACAAAAGAACCACAUUUUUCAUGAUUGGUGGGGGUAGAACAAAUGUGUUCUACGACCUCGUUGAGCUGGAAGGCGGCAGCUUCAGACAGUCCGUCAAAGCAGAAGUCCUGCAGUGCUUCGACGUUUUGAGGGCUCAUGACAGGUCAUCGCAAUACAUCCGAGAUGUUGUAACGGUCAUCGAGGAUCAGAUGAUGGUCAUUCUCCGGAGGGACAAAACCUUGGUCAGGUCGACUUCAAACGAGCUGGUCAAGAUAUUCGAUCAUUUGCACGACAAAUGUCAACGGGACGAAAAAUACUGUAUUUCACUGUCGAAUCCAAGUCUUCCUAAUGCGACCAGGGAGCCCGUUGCGGUAUUGGUAGAGCUCAAUAAACGGUCUCUCAACCAACUACAAAGACAGCCUGUGCAGAAGCGUUCCGGCCGGGAAAAGGUUUCCAUGGAUGCUAGCAAGAUGAAAGAGUUAGACUUUGUUCAUCCACAGGGCGGGACAGCCGGUAAGCAGUUGGGAGUUCCUGGCCAGGCUAACGAAAUACCUCGUCAAGCCGCGCCGCAGCGCCAAGGAUUUGCUCGUGAGCAUGGCCGCGUUUGGGGGGGGAGGCAAACACACUUGAAGACCUCGUGUCUACGUAUAACACCAAGCAAGGAGAAGAAGAGCGGCAAGAAGAGUGUAGUAGAAGAGGAGCCUUUUGAGGGACUUUCCAGGCCUAAACUGCAAGAUUAG